ACGUUUAUUACCCCCUGAAUGAGCAAUGGGGAACGCCGAUCUCUUGUCGAGUUGUAUGCAGGUCAGAUAGCUUCCAUCUGUCAGUAAACGACGUGGUCUGGCAAGAUGAUAUCAAAAGUUACAUUUUCUGCCUCUUUGCUGAUUUACCUGACCUACGCUUUCAUUUCUUCUGCUUUUGGUGAUGAUUGUCUUGUCGACGGUGUAACAGUGCAGAGAGAUUUUGAUAUCAGCAGGUAUCUGGGUAAAUGGUACGAGUACCGCUGGCAUACGCGAGAGUUCUAUCCCCCCGAGGAGAGGUUCAAGGACUACUACCACUACUACGUCCAGACGGCAGAUGGAAACAUCACCAAUUACGUCAGUGGGCGCGAUCCUACACGAGUAGACGGGAAAUGUUUCUUCUAUCACAUGCACCUGGUGCCAACAGACACGCCUGGAAAGUUCUUCUGGAGGAAGAAAAACGGAGAGCAGUACCCCUACUGGGUAUUGGAGACUGACUACAACCGGUACGCCUUCGUCUACGGCUGCUACAACAUCUCGGUGAGCGGCACAUGCACUGCAGCUCGUGGUUGGAUAUGGAGCCGUACUCCGACCAUUCCUCGAGUGAUAAGUGAGAGAUCGCCUUGGUUCUACAACCGGACUUGUCUGUCGUCCUCAACCUUCCUGGAAACCCUUCAAACAGCAGAGUGCAACAUCCCGGCGCAGUACAGCGUUAACACUGGCCAGAACUGCCACGUGUCCGACAUCCCUGUACAAGAAGACUUCGACAUACAAAAGUAUGCUGGUUCAUGGUAUGAGAUGAGGUGGCUGGCCCAGUCCUACAUCCCUGCCACAGAGCUGUUCCAGGACUACCGGCACGUCUUGAGUCCCCGGGGGGACGGGACACUCUCGGCUGUCAUCACUGGAAGGAGCAAAGACGGAUGCUUUUAUAGAAAGGCGAUCUUAGUACCUUCAGCUACUGCAGGGAAACUUACAUUGAAAGUGUUGGACGGAAGUGCAGAUCAGUUCCCAUACUGGGUGAUUGACACCGACUACACCAACUACGCCGUCAUGUAUGGGUGUCUUAACGUCACAAGCGACGGUAACUGUGUGGCUGCUCGGUCGACUGUUUGGAGUCGGGGGACCACACUAGCAAGACGGUUCCAGUACAGAGCCAACACCGUGUUGCAGGCGUUAUGUCUGAACCCUGCCGCCUUUCUGGAUACCUCGCAUCACCAAGCUUGUCCAGAGUGCAAGGAUGACUCAUGUUUCUACAAAACCAAUGGGGAGUCUAGACACAGAGAUAGCUCCAUUCUGUUGUUGCUCGUCAUUCUUCUGGCUGGAGCCUUCUUCACCAAUAUACUCUAAUACACGUAUGAUGUCAUGCUUUAGGCAUUGUGGCUGAUCAGUGAAUUUAGAAAGUAACGUCCAUGUCCAUAACCCUUCCCAGAUAUACUCAGAAUAAUAGGAAUGAUGAUGACAAGCCUAGACCCAUAACAGGAUGAUUCUGUUGUGUCCAACUGAUAAUGUUUAAUAUGUAUGUAUGUCUUAUAAAGUAACGCCUCGUUAAACCAAACUCCAUUAAGGGACUUAUUAUUUCAGGGGUGGGGCCCGUGAGAUUAGAGAGAGAGAGAGAGAGAGGGGGGGAUUAAAUGCACU